UUACAUACUCUAUUCCUCUUGAGUUUCACAAACAUCUGAGGAAGUAGGUAUUAUUAAUUACUCCCUUUUUCUAGAUUCAUCAACUAAUGCUCCACCGGAUUAACAGACUUGCCCAGAUUCAAACUCUGUUACCACUCUGAAUCUAUAUGAUAGAUACCAUUAAUAUCUUAUAUAUUCCUUUUUUGUAGGUGUAGUAGACCACUGUGCUAUUUCUUGAGAACACUGACUUAAAUUUAAUUUUCUCCCACAGUUCCAUCUCUCUUAUGCAGAGAAAGAAUUGUUGGAGAGAGAGCCAAGAGGAGAAGCCCAUCAGGAAGUUCUUAGGCGAGCAGCCAAAGAUCUUCCCAUCUAUACCAGGACCAUGUCUGGAGCAAUCCGAUAUUGUGACAGAUGCCAACUCAUAAAACCAGACCGCUGCCAUCACUGUUCCGUCUGUGAUAAAUGUAUUCUGAAGAUGGAUCAUCAUUGCCCAUGCAGUGACAGCUACACUCGGGUUGCCAGCCAGGUUGGAUUUGGACACGAGGCGGGAUUAUUCUACCAGCCUUGCCUUCUUUCAGAGGUGGCCCUAGAAAAAGGUAGACAUGCCCACAAAUGUGUGCUGGGUGUAGGUGGAAACAUAGGGAAUAAUGAUCUUAGCUGUAGGAAAUAAUAGGGGAAUGUCGGCUUUACCGUAUUUUCUCUCUCUAGAUAACUCUCACUUUUCUCCAGCUAGAUUUUCUUCUUUCCGAUGUUAAGGCCAGUUAGCUCCUAUGAGAGUAACGUUCUCCUCAAAGAAAGAUCUCAAUGAAUAGCCUCACUUGGUAUUAAUAUUCAUUUGUAGCCAUUCUUUUGCUUUCCUCGUGCUUUCAUUCAUUCCGUUCUCUCUCUCAGCAAGUAGCUUUUCCCCCCAAUAUCUUCUAUUGUAAGUUUUCUUAGUCCUCCUCACAUUCCUCUGUUGAUCCCUCCAGUAGCUCACGUGUCAGUGCCGCACCCACAUCUGCACCAUCCGCCUGUGUGUUCACUGCACCUGCCGCGGUCAGUUCCCAUGCCCAUGGCAGCUCCUCGCCUCAGGCCCCACUGUUUCUUUCUCUGCCUGCGGGCUCUCUGUUCCACCUGAGGAGGCUGGGUCCGCUGAGAAGCCGGGCAGCCCAGAGGUGCCAGGCAUGAAUGCUUCCAGAGGCUACCCUCAACCAGCGAGGGCCUGGCCAACAACACACGCUUUAUGGGCUUUUCUCCCCUCCUUGUUUCAGAUAAGCUGUAUCCAAGUUCUUGUCUCAGGGUCUGCUCUCGGGGGAAUGUAUGCAAAGACACCCUUCUUUUCUAAGUAGCUGUGUAUUCUCAGUAUAAUUUAGCAGAAUGGGAAAGAAAUCAAGGACGUAGAGUUGACUUCAAUUUUUCUGACUUAGAGUAAUAAAUAUGAGAUGGUGAUGACAAGGAAUGGAGAGGUGGAAACAACCAGUAUUAAUUCCAAGCUUUACACACCUGUAAAGUGUGACGUACCCUUGCUAUCCUCACUAAAGCACAAAAAUAGGAAAUAAUAAUUUACUGUGAUAGCAGUCUUUCUAAACCUGCCAUUAAUUUGCCUUUAUAAGAGACUUAUAGCAUAAUUUGACAAUCUUUCAAAUUUUGACAGAUCUGUUGAAUAAGCGAAAGGGAACGGAUAGAAAGCUCUAGAGGUUUUAAAAAUGGGUGCAGAUUGCAUACUCAUAGACUCCCUGUUAUCACGCUCACUCUCUGUGGCAAUGUGGGAAUUGUUGAAUGAACCGACUGCAGUACCUUUCAACUUCCAUGUCAUUGCUUCUUUGUACUGUGGCGUCCCCUGCUGCCCACUGUGUCAGCCACUGUCUCAGCUCUGGCCCUUGCAGAAGGCAGUAAGCUGGGUGGAUUUGGGAAGGGUUUGGUGCCAAGGGCCUCGUGUU